AUGAGAUGGAGAAGCAGUUGUCAUCCAUGUUGUUCACGGUGCGGGACGUGGGCUCAAGCUACAAUUCAUGCAUGUCCCAUGAGCGAAAACGCAUUGUCCAAGGUUCUUGCGCCGCGCGCGCUACCGCGAGAGCCGCUUCGAGAACUGCAGCUGCAGGUUCCAUGCGAUUCGUCAUUGGAGGAGACGAAAAAGCGGAGAAGUCGGUGGGAAGCCGACAUCGAAUUCCGCCUCAAUCUGUUUGAAUCCUCCGUAGAAAGACAAGAGCAAGAGAAAGCGAACAGGGAGUCUACGCUGUCCCUGGCAAGACACACAAGACGCACAGGACGCACAGCAUGCACGUUUCAGGAAUCGGAGCUUGAGGCAUGUCAGGAGCCCGAGCAGCCCCAGGAGCCCGAGGAGCCCGAGCAGCCCGAGGAGCCUGUGGAGCCGCCCAAUCUGCCAAGUUUUAAUGAUGCGGUGGAUGCGGUGGAUGCGGAGACGGAGACGGCGGAGACGGAGGCGGACGGUGCCCCUUGGCACCUGGAGACUCCGGAGCUCGCAAGUGCCAUGUGGUGCCCGUCCAUGGAGUCUGACUGGCCGACACCCCCUGGGAGUCAAGAGGGCAGCCCAAAUCGAUUGCAAAGUCCGGAAUUCAGCUUUGCAAGGUCUGAAAGGUCUGACUCCCGCAUUUCCUUCAACUCGUCCCAUGAAACACUGGGUGGCACACUGUGUGGCUCGCUCUUGCAAUGCUCUGACCGCGUGAAAGAACCUUUGCCCUCAUGGAACUCUUGGAAUCACACGCUCAGCUCAUUCAAUGCCUUGGAGCGGUCCGAGAUGCAGCGACAGCGAGGUGCGCAUUUGGCAAGGCUUCAUCAGCAGCUCUCUCUUGCAACCCGAAGCGCCCAAAGUGAGACCGAGACAAGUGCCCAAGGCGCACAGAACUCUUUGAAUUCCCAGAGCGCUGCAGCCCCAGCUGCAGUCCCUGCCCCUGCACGAGGUCCAAUUCGAGUCUAUGCGCGCGGGGAGGCAUGGUUGGCCCAGAAGCGCGUGCGGCAGCAAGCUCUGCGGGAGCAAGCUUUGCGUCAGCAAUUGCAGGCUUGCCAAGAGCCCCGGUUGAACCGGUUGCACCGUUCGCCCUCUCGAGCUAGUGCUUUCUAUGACCGCCAGAAGCAAUGGCGGGAGCGGCUGGACCAGAAGUGGGAGGAGGAGCGGAAAGAGCGCGCAGAGAAGGAGAAGGAGAAGGAGACGCCGCGUGUCACAAAAUCUCCUUGGGAAGUCGAGGAUGCCUUCGAACGAUUUCACCACCGCAACCGCCAGUGGCUAUUGGCCCGCGAGACCAAACGGGCACGUUCCGCUUCGCCGCGAUCCUUGACCCCGCGGACCCCGCGGAGCCCGCGGAGCCCGCGGAGCCCGCGGAGGCCGAGGACCUUCCGGACGCGCUCGCUAUCCAGGACUGAGGAGAAUCUGAGGUCAGAGACAGAGGUCCUGGGCCACCUGCAGGCGUUGCGCCAUGCGCUCAUCGACUCCAAGGAGCAAGCCCCGACCUGGCAGAAAGCUUUGCAUGUUGAGGUGUCGCGAGCAAAGGCGCUGCUGGGUUUGCAGGCGCGGCUGCGGCGCGCGGCCAGCGACCUGGCGGAGAUGCGCGCCACGUUCGACCGCGCAAGGGCGUUGGAGCAGCGCCAUGCCGUGGCCCAUGCCUCUCAGGCCAUGGUGUGGGAGGCGGGGGAGGCGGAGCUGCGGCGCGGCCGGGCGGCCCUGGACACGGAGGCCGCGCGCACCGCGCAGCUGGACCUCGGCAUAGCAGCGGAAGCGAAGAGUGGCGCCGAUGCCUCCGAAGCAGAACGGAAAGAAGAACGGAAGGAAGAUGCGGAAGAUGCUUCCGAUGAAUCGGUUCUUUCCGAUUUCGGCGUGCAUCGCACUUGCUUUCAAGGAAACGGUGUUUUGCAAGAGAGGCAAAGCCGACCUGAAAGAGAGUGCGCCGAGUGCAAAGAGAGUGACGCAACCCGGCCUUUGCCUAAACCGCAUUCUCAAAGCUCGAUGCAUGCGCACUUCUCGAACUUUGCGCUGCUGGAGGAGUGGGGAGCCGUGCAAGGUCGGCUGCAGGCUGAGGCGGAGAGCCAUCAGAUGCUCCGGAGACAGCUCGUGCAGCGAAUGAACGCGCUUGAGGAGCAGAAGGAGCAGAAGGAGCAGAAAGAGCAGAAAGAGCAGAAGGAGAAGGAGAAGGAAACCAAACACCGGCUCCGGGUGCCUCGCAGUGUCGGUUCUUGCGCGCGGCUGGCAAAGGCUAGUGCCCAGGCGCUUCAAGCUCAGCUCAAAGAUGCCUGUCAGCAAAACCAUUUGAUGGAGCAGAAGAUGGAAAGCCUUCGUGAGCAAAAUCUCAUGCUGGAGACCCAGAUCCAGAAGGAGAACAAGGAUUUCCAGGCAAAUCUCAAGGUGAUGCAUUCGGAGCUGCGACAACAGCGGCAUCAAUUUCGGACGCUGGGCUCAUUGCUUGAGGAGCCCUGGCUUGCCUGAUUGAUUUGCCAAAGAUGCAAUCCUUGAAUGGCAACCUGUGUCCAGCCAACAUGCCUGGCAAUAUGCUGGGCCUUAGCUUGCGCAAUCGGCACGGGAAUGGUUUGCAUAAUUUUGC